AAAAAAAAAAAAAAAAAUCCCCCGCAGCAGGGUUUCCGGUCCUCGUGUAUUCCUCCCCCAUUCUGAGUCUCAACUCAUGAAGGGACUCCUCCUUCUCCUCCGAAUAGUCACAUACAGGCGAGGGGAGGGGGAACCCCUCAUGUCGGGCACCAGAUUAAAUUGUUUCUUCCUCUUUUUCUUCUCACAGGUCCGAUACAACACGGCAACACGGCGCAGGUGUUGCACAGUUACACAAGGCAGCAAGCAAGCAUGCAUGCCCUCCUGGAGGCAUGAUGGCAUGAUAGGAUAGGAUCAUUAUGGCAACGAUCCAGGGUCAGCAACCCACAUGAGUCGCAUAUAUAUAUGGCGUGCUUCUUUGCUCAUUCAACAGAGAGUAGAAGAGAGAGAGAAAAAAAAAAGAGCGCGCCGGCUGAGUAACAAAAAAAUAAAGGAAAUAAAAGAGGGUUCAAUAGUUUACGCUGCGCAACAUUGACAUAACUCAGUAGACUCAGAUCCCAUCAUAGACUACCUG